CCCCUCAGUAGGUCGGGCAGAGCGGAGCGUGGAGUCAGAGGGGCUUGCUCCAGGCAGAGUAGAGUCCAAACCCCCAAGAAGAAGCUUUAGAGUGUCUCCACAUGCCCUUAAGUCACCAGAUCAUCAGAUCCCGAGUUGCCAGAGCCGGGCUGGGUUUUUCAGGAAGGCUCAGCACCCUCGUAGCCCUGAGGUGUGCAGGCAGCUCUCAUGCCCCAAGAGAAGGCCAGGCUGGCCAGCCUUGCUCUAGGGGCUGUAACUGUGUCAGCACAGCACUGCUGAGCCUCAGCAGUGCUUUUUCUUGGUGCCUAAAUGGCAGCUGAACUCCCGGUUGCUUUUUAGAAGAGAAGGUGAUAAAGGGUGGAGUUUGUUCAGCUCACUGAGCUCCAGCUCCGGGGUGGUCCAAGCAGCAUCUGGAGUAAUUUCUGUCACUGUUUCCAUAAAAUAUUUUAAUGUACCCAAUUUAAAACCAAAUAAAUUGUUGUCACUACAAGCUGCAUUCCUCCUCCUGGCCAUUUUCACAUUUAUCCAUGUAUUAUGGCUCAGAAAUCCAUCCAGGUCCCAGAACUGCAUUAAACUUCUAAGAUUGAUGCUAAGGUGGACAGAACAUCUGCCAGUAUUAUUCCUGUCUGUGGGGAUUGGGAUUUGAAUCUCCCCAAAACAACACUUUGAACAGCUCAGCCUUCUACAGUUAUUUUGGUGGCAAUGUUAAAGUCUCAAAGGAUGAUGCUGCAAUCCUGCAAAUUUAAGCUGUUGGGGGUUUUGUUGGUUGUGGUGGGUUUUUUAAUAGGUUAUGAAGCAAGCAGCAUAAGAACCUGGGUUUAAAACUUGUUUAAAAUAUAAGUAAGCUCUCUUCUCCUCCCACCCAUGUCUUCCUUCAGGCUUUGUUUUUGCUUUCUGAUCAAACCUGCACAAACAGACACUGUGUAUGUUCUCAGGUGCACUGUCUGAGCGUGUGCUUGUGGAAUCUCCAGUUUCUUUGGUGUGUUUGGGUGCUGCAGACAGACCUGUCCCACCUCAAACCCCAUUCCUGUCCCACCUCAAACCCAAUCGACGGUUUUGCCUGACCUCAGGAUUUUCCAUGUGGCACUAACUGGGCACCUCCACAGGCCAGACUGAGCCUUUGAACUUUGCAGUUCUGGGGAAGCUUGGGACAAAUCAGUGGGGCAAAGGGUGAACACACACAUUAACCUCUGCCCAUUCUGCACAGUGUCCUCUGCACGAGACCUUGUUCUGUUGUCCUGGAUCUGUCAUCACUGCCAUCUCCACACACCAUGAACACAAAUGUGCAUGUUGUGCUUUAGUCUGCCUACCUGUAGUUCAGCCAGGCUGAACCAGGUCAGUGUUUGGAUAGGAGACCUUCCAGGAGAGUUUACUUACAGUAGGAAACACAGUUCACUUACUGAGACAUAUUUCCUAUUACUGGAGCCAGGCUUGAGCCUUCUGAUUCUGGGCAUGAUGAGCUGUAGAAAUUCCAGCUUUGAGUGUAAUAAAAGCAAAUUCUUGGGCAUUUCUGGUCAUGAUGGAACUUUUUGCAGUUUACUGCAGAGUAGGAGAGUAUCCUGGCCGAAUUCCACCUGGGGUGAUUACGUUCAGCUGACUGAAAAGGAGCAGUGGCAAUUGCUGCAUUUCACUGUUGGGCAGAGUGAUUUCCACAAAGGGGCUUAAAUUUGUUAAGUGGCUUAGGGUAAAGCAGAAAGGAAAAGAAUUGCAGAAAUGUCCCUUUAACCCUAAUUCCUGAAGGCCUUGUGAGCCUUGUCAGACUGCUGUCACAUUCCUCUAAAUGCCAGCAAUCCAGCUGGUGGGGCAUUCCUUGGAAUGCCUGUCCCUCAUCACAGGAUGGCUGUCAGAACAGUGGUGCUUUGUAUAGGGCACGUAGACGUCCCUGCACAUCAAGCAAGGAAACAAACAGAAUGGGAGAAAAAAAGAAGUAAUAAAAGAACAUUCAAAGUUUUCUUUGUGACGCUGCUGUUCAGGCUGAUCCGUGGUUGGUGUUUUGUUCUCAAAAAGGCUGAGUGCUCUUUUGGCUCAAAAAGGUAGAGAAACACUGAUGGGAGAUAUGGAAAGCAUCAUGGAAGAGUAUUUUCUGUUAUAUAUGCACCCCAAUGUAUAACAAUUUUUUUUUUUUCUCUCCCUGACUUUCCCUCCUUUAUUUUGUACCCAGAUUUUCUUGCUCCUGUUUGAAAUAUGCCUUAUAACCUUACAAGUUUUCAGAAGACCACUGUGUUUCACUGGGAUAAGGAAUAUUGCAUCUGCUUCAUAGCAGGAGGAUGUUGUUUGUGUUACAGCUUAACUUUGUUCUACUUUACACCUAGAUGAAGGAUGAAGACUGUCUGUACCAUUUUGAUUACCUCUUCUAGGGUUCAAAGAGAAUCAUUUCCCCUGACCUCCAUUUGCUAAUGGCUCAGCUUGGUCUAACCUGCACACAGAUAAACGUGCUGUUAAACAAAAGUUACAGUAGCAGGAACCACCUCAGUGCCCCAAGCUCCUCCGCCCAUGUUGGUGGCUCUCUGUGACCAGCCAAAAGCCGAGCGACGCAGUCCUGAGAGCUGCUCCCGAGGGGUUUGUGUGUGAACGGACAGUGCUGCCGUCCCUGAGAGAUGAGACACAGGACCCUGCAACCCGACAGCUCUGCGAGCUCCAAAGAUGAGAGUCCUGCACACCGAGUUCCGUGCUUUGUCUCCAGAGUGAUCUUCGUUCCUGUUAAGCUCACCUCACUCCUGGUCACGAGUUUUGCUUUUGGGAUUUAGACCACCUCUUUUUUCCCCCCCUCCCGUUUUACACAAAGACUGUUAAUAGGACUGUUAGUGGAAUGAGCAAAGCCAGUACUCACAGGGUUUAACUUCGCACCAAUAGCACCUUUUGCCCCAGAAUGCCUUACCAAUGUCACCCAGCACGCGUGUCCCAGUGUACGACUCGGCCUGACGCUUCCGUUGGCUUAGGCACCACCUCAGCCUCCCGAGCUGACUUUUAGGGACAUUUCCGCACGUAGCAUCUCCUCCAGCGAGUCAGACACCACCUGUCUGCCAGGUCCGGGAGCUCUCUCCGUGAAUGUGCUCAGAGCUAAAGAGGCCACGUGUGCACCCCGCGGGCCGAUGCCGUCCACCUGAGCUGCGGAAGCGCCUGAGGGAUGGCACAGGGAGGGGAGGCUGGCGCUCCUCCCGUGCGGCUCUGGGUGCGGCGCGUGGGGGUUUACUGCGAUGAGCACCGCAAAACCUGGCUCGUGACUGCAGAAGAGGAGGAAGGUAUGCUGAGGGCUCGGAUCCAAAGAGUUCAGGUUCCCCUGGGUGAGGCGCUGCGACCCAGCCAGCUCCCCCCAUCCCGGCUGCCUCACAUGUGGCAGCUGUCCCAGGGUGAGCAGUACAGGGAUAGUAACUCUCGCGUUUGGGAGAUAGAGCACCAUCUCAUGCUUGGUGGUGUUGAAGAACUGCUGCUUAAACUCGUGCCUGGGGAUUAAUCUGGAGCAGUGGCUCUAGGAAGAUGCCAUUGUCUGUUUUGUACAAUAAAAGGUUCUCUCUCCACUGAAAUGCAGCCACCUUUGAGGUGGAAG